AGCCGCUGCCAGCCUCCGCCAUGGGCCGGGCCAGGCUGGGCCAACGCGGGCCGCCCGGCCCCGGCCCCGGCCCCGGCCCCGCCGCGCCGCCUCCCGAGCCGCCGCCCCGCCGCCGCACCCGCGCCCUGGCGCUGCUCGGAGCCCUGCUGGCCGCAGCCACCGCCGCCGCCGUCCGGGUCUGCGCCCGCCACGCCGAGGCCCAGGCGGCCGCGCGGCAGGAAUCAGCGCUGAAGACCUUGGGGACAGAUGGCCUUUUUCUCUUUUCCUCCUUGGACACUGACGGGGACAUGUACAUCAGCCCCGAGGAGUUCAAGCCCAUUGCUGAGAAGCUAACAGGGUCAACUCCUGAGGCCAGCUACGAGGAGGAGGAGCUGCCCCCUGACCCUAGCGAGGAGACGCUCACCAUAGAAGCCCGAUUCCAGCCUCUGCUCCCGGAGACCAUGACCAAGAGCAAAGAUGGCUUCCUAGGGGUCUCCCGCCUCACCCUGUCCGGCCUCCGAAACUGGACGACUGCAGCCUCACCGAGGACAGUAUUUGCCGCCCGCCACUUCCAGCCCUUCCUUCCCCCCCCAGGCCAGGAGCUGGGCAAGCCCUGGUGGAUCAUCCCCAGUGAGCUGAGCGUCUUCACUGGCUACCUGUCCAACAACCGCUUCUAUCCGCCGCCGCCCAAGGGCAAGGAGGUCAUCAUCCACCGGCUCCUGAGCAUGUUCCACCCUCGGCCCUUUGUGAAGACCCGCUUUGCCCCUCAGGGAGCAGUGGCCUGCCUGACUGCCGUCAGCGACUUCUACUACACCGUGAUGUUCCGGAUUCACGCCGAGUUCCAGCUCAGUGAGCCGCCCGACUUCCCCUUCUGGUUCUCCCCUGCUCAGUUCACCGGCCACAUCAUCCUCUCCAAAGAUGCCACCCACAUCCGCGACUUCCGGCUCUUCGUGCCCAACCACAGGUCUCUGAAUGUGGACAUGGAGUGGCUUUAUGGGGCCAGUGAAAGCAGCAACAUGGAGGUGGACAUCGGCUACAUACCCCAGAUGGAGCUGGAGGCCACAGGCCCCUCAGUGCCCUCCAUGAUCCUGGAUGAGGAUGGCAGCGUGAUCGACAGCCACCUGCCCUCGGGGGAGCCCCUGCAGUUUGUGUUUGAGGAGAUCAAGUGGCAGCAGGAGCUGAGCUGGGAGGAGGCUGUCCGCCGCCUGGAGGUGGCCAUGUACCCCUUCAAGAAGGUCUCCUACUUGCCGUUCACUGAGGCCUUCGACCGAGCCAAGGCUGAGAACAAGCUGGUGCACUCGAUCCUGCUGUGGGGGGCCCUGGACGACCAGUCCUGCUGAGGUUCGGGGCGGACUCUCCGGGAGACCGUCCUGGAAAGUUCGCCCAUCCUCACCCUGCUCAACGAGAGCUUCAUCAGCACCUGGUCCCUGGUGAAGGAGCUGGAAGAGCUGCAGAGCAACCAGGAGAACCCGGCCCACCAGAAGCUGGCUGGCCUGCACCUGGAGAAGUACAGCUUUCCCGUGGAGAUGAUGGUCUGCCUGCCCAAUGGCACCGUGCCCUUCUCCCAGGUCCACCACAUCAAUGCCAACUACUUCUUGGACAUCACCUCCAUGAAGCCCGAGGAAAUCGAGAGCAAUCUCUUCAGCUUCUCACCCACCUUUGAAGACCCGUCCACGGCCACCUACAUGCAGUUCCUGAAGGAGGGGCUCCGGCGCGGCCUGCCCCUGCUCCAGCCCUAGAGUGCCUGCGGGGCGGAUGGGAUCUGAUGCACAGGCCCCCACUUCCCAGAGCCAGAGUGGCCCUCAGCCCACUGCAAACUGCAGAUGCCGCCCAUGCCCACCCACUUCUAGGCUGCCUUGGGGUACAAGAGCCACUGAGGGUGCCCGUCACAGCCUUGGCUCCAUGGUGGUGGGUAAACAAGGGGUGCCUGGGCUGACUGGGCAGAGGAACCUCUAGCUCUGUCACCCUCUCCCUACCCACUUGGCUCUGGAAGCUGCUUGGGCCCCCCCCAGAUCAGGGCCUGGGGGGACUCCCUGGACCUCUCCCAGCCAGCCGCACAGUCUAGGCCCUUGUGGGGUGAAGAAGAGGAGGGAGGAGCAGGCUAGGAGGACAGGGCCACCAUCCUCUCCGUGCUUCCUUCCCCAAGGACAUAUCCAGAAGCCCCGGGCAGAAGCCAGGCUGCCAAGGUGGCUCUUCUGUUCAUUUAGCGCCUUGGUUACUGUCCAUACCCUGGGCUGCCCUCCUGUGCCUGAUGUCCCCAGCUGGGGUCGGUCUCAGGAGGACAUAGCCUUCUGGAGCCUCUGGGCAGAACCCUCCAUCAGAAGUGGAAACCAGACUGGACCCCCUGCAGCUCCCCCAGCUGUCUGGGGAAGCUUACUGUGAAGAGGCUUCUGCCUUUAGCAAUGGGGUUCACUAAAGGGGUUCCUGAGGCCCAGGGCCAAGGCUCCCCCACCGCCCACCCCAGCACAGGGUCUUCAUGGGACUGCUGGAGCCAGCGCUCCUGCCAUCCCUCCUGCCCCUCAGACCUCGCAUCCACGGAAGCAUAGCCCAGCCAAACAAUAGCCUUCUCCAGAGCCAGCACUGUGCCGGCCACAGGGGUGCCCCAGGCUACCUCUUCUACCACUGGGGUGCCAUGGACUCCCCUUGGCCACUCUUGGGACUUUGGUCCAUGUCCUGAGCCACUGACCAUGGCCAGUUUCUUUUUUUAAUACAUGCGGAAAAGUGUUUUUACACAAACUUUCUCAUGGUUUGUAGAUAUUUUUUUAUAACCCCAGUGCUGAGGAGAAAGGAGGGGCACUGGUGUCCCCGGCAGCAGCCCCAUGAUGGCUGGAUCUGAAAUCCUCGAUGGGUCCAGCUUGAUGUCUUUGCAGCUGCACCUGUGGGAAGAAAUAGUCCUCUCUUCUUUCUCUUCAGCUUUUU